GGUGUGAAGGGCCAGUUUUCCACCUUCGAGAAGACUCAACCUGGAUACUAUGGUGAACUUGGCUUAUUGAUUAUACACCAAACACUCUACAAUCUCUUUCCAUUUUCAUCAUUUGAUACUUCUUUGAUAGCUCCUCUCUCACGUGCGGAGUUUGUUCAAUUUGUAUUGAUUCCCGAAGUUGCAGUACGGCUCAUCAUGCAAGACCUUCAUCUUGACAGGGACGAAGCAAUCAUGACGCUACGUGAAAGUUCGCAGUAUGGUGUUAGCAUGUUCCCAGAU